UAUUAUAGCUUGCACAUGACUUGUUUAGCCGUUUUACUGUGUAAAGAAUCGUUUCAACUUCUUGAAACAGUUUACUAGUUUUCCUGGUUAAAAACGAUACUUAUUAGUUUGCCUCGUGUAAUUCAGUUGGCAGAUUAAACUAGUAUCUCGUCGUGAUGGAGAAGAUAGUUAAAGAUGUUGGCGAUAUUCAAUCCAGGCUUAUUGAUCACAGGCCAGUUCUGCAGGGAGAAAUCAGAUACUUCCUUAGAGAAUUUGAGGAGAAGCGAGCUUUCAGAGAAUGCCGUCUGCUUGAGAAGCUGAAUAAGAUGAUAUCAGACACAAACGAUCAUGAUCUGCCUCAGUGCACUGACAGUAUGCACGACAAACUGUGUGAUGCUCUCACACGGUUUGAAGCAGCAAAUCAUAUGACUCAGAGGAUCCAACAGAGGGAGCUAGCUGCUGAACAGAGUACACAUCUGCAGGUGUUUGCGGAGAGACAGAGGCAGGACUGGGAGACGUUUCUGAAAGAGCAGUCUCGUCUCAAGGAGGAGGUAGAUGAGGAGCACGCUAAAGCUGUGGGAAGACUCAGUGCACAGUAUGAUGAGAUGAAGAAAGACCUGGCGAAAUACAGCAGCUUCUGAACCUGUGUGUGCAUGCGUGCGUGCAUGUACGGUGUGUGUGUGUGUGACCUUUAAUGUAAAUAAUAUUUUUAUGGUACUGACAUAUCAAUGAAAUACAUAUAAAUUCAUUUCUUUUUAUGUUGGCUGUUUUGUGUUUACCCAAAAAUGAAAGGUUUGUCAUUAUUUACUCACCCAUAAAUGUCAUUUCAAACUCA